GGGCGCGAAGGGAUGGUUCGGCGUUACCCGCGUCUGGCCUGGGCCUUUCUGUCGGUCGCCUUCACAUAACCUCCCAGAAACCGCGAGCUGAAGGCGCAUUCGGGCGUUUCCGGCAGGUCUCUUGUAAAGAGUAUAUUGCUGGACUUUUUACCCUUUUAUCCUGUUUGAAUGUUAUUUUAAUAGCCCACAGGUCCUGCCUCCACAAAGAUAAGACAGAUCUGUGAUGUGAGUAAAAGGAAGCCUGGAGAGCAGGUAUCCAUCAUGGAAGACCUUCUGACCUGAGAGGCUGCAGAGCCCUGAGAUUGAGUGGACCCUGGAAUUGUUGGAUCUGCAGCUUAUCUUAACCCUUCUGCCUGAGAGGGGAAGGCUUGAAUGACAUCUCAACCUUCAGAGAUCAGCAGUAGCUCUGUGACAGUGGAGCAUUUAACCCAGCUGAUGGAAAGGAGAGCUUGGCAUUCUCAGGACCCUGGCCUUUUGGAAGAAGAGGAUAUGACCCGGUCUCUUGAGACAGUGACAUUUAAGGAUGUGGCUGUGGACCUCACUCAGGAGGAAUGGCAGCACAUGAAACCUGCUCAGAGGAACUUGUACCGGGAUGUGAUGCUAGAGAACUACAGCAACCUAGUCACAGUGGGUUAUCAAGUCACCAAACCAGAUGUGAUCUUCAAGUUGGAGCAGGAAGAGGAGCCAUGGGUGAUAGAGGAAGAAAUGCUUGGGAGGCACUGUCCAGAAUCCAGAAGAGGGGAGAAAAGCCACUGCACAUCAGAAGUCAUGGCAGAGGGCUUCAAGUUCAAAGAUGUCGCCAUUUACUUCUCUCAAAAAGAGUGGGAAUGCUUGCACUCUGCUCAGAAGAGUUUGUACCGAGAUGUAAUGUUGGAGAAUUAUAACAACCUGAUCUCACUGGGACUUUUUGGUUCUAAGCCAGAUGUGAUAUCCUUACUGGAGCAGGAGAAGGAGCCCUGGAUGGUUAAGAGUAAGGAACCAAAAGAAUGGUGCCCAGAUUGGGAGUCCAGAAGAGAAACCAAGAAUUUAUUUUCCAAGGAGCACAGUAAUGAAAUUAAAUCAUUGCACAUGAAGAUAAAAAAACUUAUAAGUUCUGACCUUGAGUGCACUAGGGUCAGAGAUAACAGAGAAAUCAAAUGCCACUUGGAGAGACAACAGGAGGGACAUUUCAGACAGGCUGUCAUAACCUCUGAAGCAAGGUCUGCUCCCAUUCAGUGCACAGUUCAAAGUGUACCUCAGACAAUUCAUAGUAGAGGGAAAACCUAUGAAUGCAAGGGAUGUAAGGAAACUUUCAGGUGCCAAUCACACCAUAUUCAAUAUGAAAGAAGUCAUAAUAAGGAAAAAGACCCUAAAUGUGGAGAAUGUGGGAAAGUCUUUAAUAGUAGGUCAAACUUGAUUAAACAUCGGAGAAUUCAUGAAAGCAAAAAAAGUAAAGAAAAUAAGAAAUGUGCCUUUAUCCAUGGCUCUGAAAUUACUAAACCUCAGAGCAUUAAUACUGGUGAGAAACCUCAUAAAUGUAAGGAAUGUGGGAAAGGCUUUCACUCUAGUACACAACUUAGUAAACAUCAAAAGAUCCACAUAGGUGAGAAACCCUAUAAAUGUAAGGAGUGUGGGAAGGCUUUUCCAUCUACCUCACAACUUAAUUUACAUCAGAGAAUUCAUACUGAUGAGAAAUAUUAUGAAUGUAAGGAAUGUGGGAAAGCCUUUACCCGUCCCUCACACCUUCUUCGACAUCAGAGAAUUCAUACUGGUGAGAAACCCCAUAAAUGUAAUGAAUGUGGGAAAGCUUUUCGUUAUGACACUCAACUUAGUCUUCAUCAGAUAAUUCAUACUGGUGAAAGACGUUAUGAAUGUAAGGAAUGUGGGAAAGUAUAUAGUUGUGCCUCACAACUAAGUCUACAUCAAAGAAUUCAUACUGGUGAGAAACCUCAUAAAUGUAAGGAAUGUGGGAAAGCUUUCAUCUCUGAUUCACAUCUUAUUCGACAUCAGAGUGUUCAUACUGGUGAGAAACCAUAUAAAUGUAAAGAAUGUGGGAAGGCCUUUCGUCGUGGCUCAGAACUUACUCGCCAUCAGAGAGCUCACGCUGGUGAGAAACCCUAUAAAUGUAGGGAAUGUAGAAUGGCCUUUACUUGUAGCACAGAACUUAUUCGACAUCAAAAAGUUCACACUGGUGAGAGACCCCAUAAAUGUAAGGAAUGUGGGAAGGCUUUUAUUCGAAAGUCAGAACUUAUUCAUCAUGAAAGGAGUCAUAGUGGUGAAAAGCCCUAUAAGUGUAAGGAAUGUGGGAAAGCCUUCGGUCGUGGCUCAGAACUUAAUCGACACCUGAAAAUUCAUACUGGUGAGAAACCUUACAAAUGUAAGCAAUGUGGGAAGGCCUUUAUUCGUGGCUCACAUCUUAGUAAACAUCAGAGAAUUCAUACAGGGAAGCGGAGUGAAUGAAGUCAUGUGGGAAGGCUCAAAAUGUUACCUCUGCAAUGUCAUACUAGUAAAACACAAAAACCUCUGAUUUUUAAGGAAUGUGGGAAAACCUUUGAAGAUAACAAUAUCGGAGUUCACACUAUGGACUUUAUUUGAGGGCUGGAAUUUAUCUGAUAUGUGUUACUGCUGAGAUACUUUAUAAAUGUUAGGGAUUGAGAGGGUUUUAUUUAUAUUCAAAAAUUUAUUAAACAUCAGGAUUCAAUUGGUAUAAAAGUGAGAAAACUCCCUGAAUGUAAGGAAAGUCUUUGGAAGGCAGUUAAUGUGUCAGACAGUUGUACAAAUGUUUCUCAACAUCAGGGUCAUUUGCCCUGUGGGAAAUCAGAGGGUUCAUAAUAUAUAAAUGUUAUAGGAGACCAAUUUGCUUUAGCUAACAAGUUAUUCAUCUCAUAAUUCAUACUUGAGGAAGGCUACAGGAAUGUUAAAAAUGCAGCAGAUUCUUCUGUCCCGCUCAAAUCUUAAGUAUUUGCAAGCUCAUCCUCUAAAAUGGAACUGAAGCAGAGUAAGAAAGGAUUUAACCAAUAUUCAGUCUUUACUUGCCUUAUAGGGCAAAUAACUUAACUGGGUCUAAACUUUCUCACUUAUAAAUUAGCAAUAUUAGCCCCAUCUUGUUAGUAUUUUGAAGAUUAAAUAAUUACAUACUGCAUACUGUGGCUCAUAUUUAAAGUGUAUUAAACAAGAGCUGCUUUUAUUUUCAUAUUUGUGGAUAGAAAUCAUAUUAGAGAAAAGCCUUAUGUGUGUAGUGACUAUAGGAACAUUUUACAUCAUCUUUUUAUUGAAUAUCAGGUAAUUCCUUCUGGAGAAAAAUUAAAAACUGAAGCUUUCAUUCAUCUUGCCCUCUUGCCUCACUAGGGGAAAGGAAAUAAGGCAAGUUAUAAUUCAGAAAGAAUGACAAAGAGACAACUAACUAUAUGUUGAAAUUUGUAGGCUGCGACAAAGCUAUUCCUAGGAAAAUUGACUUCUUUUAAUAUAUGUAGAAAAUGUGGACAAUUAAUGGCCAUGAUUCAUUGCCAGUUCACUGUACUUGGUGAACUGCCGGUUUUAAUAGGUUCCCUGUAAACACUUGUUGAAGUAAGAGGAAUGAAAGCGUGAAUGAAGAAGCAUUCGACUCUAGUGUGUAGAAAAGCUAACAAAUUAAGAGAGCAAAGCCAAACAAAACAAAACGAAAACUUUGAAAACAUAUUGGGAUGGGGGAAAAGAAUCCUCAAGCAUCGUUAAUGAGAGAAAAUGUGACUAUAAAAAGGAAAUUUUAAAGAAAUAAGGCAGUAUUGUGGCAGACACUGUUGGGUGCCUAUCCAUGCUCCCUAUACCAGGAGCACUGCCUGUUGCCCAUCUAAAGUCUAGGUCUUGCUCUCCUAGUUUGCUUUGCAUCUGCUUUGCAUUCCUAGCCAUAGAAGACCUGAGCAAAAGUCUGCACGUAUGCUUUAAGUUUUCUUUCCUAAAAAAAUAGGAAAUAAUCCUCUUACAUUACAGGAUGCAUGACUAUAUGUCUGUGCAAUACCUGGAAUUGUGGCCCAUGUUGCUGUCAGAUGCGGUGAGAGGCUAAGAUUGGCACAGCAGAUAGAUGGGAAUUACCUGCACUCCUGACAUUUUUGGGCUAAUGAAAUAAUGCAGAGCUGUCCUGUCUCUGGGUUUUUAGUAAAAUAAGAAACUUCAUGCAUGUGUUGUAAGUUUAUACUCAAUUUUUUAUGAUAGACUCGAGUCCUGGAAAAAAUAUUUUUACAUAUUUAUUCACCUUAAUAUUUUAGUAAGAUGAGAAAAUGUUUAUAUUCAACUUUUUAUAGUAUAUCUGAAAUUGCAGGAAAAGCAUUAAAUAUUUUUAGACAAGUGUAUACACAUAUUGUAUUUUGAUUAAUAAGACACAGGAAAUGUUUUCUUUUUUACUUCUAACAUUGUAUAGUAUGUAUUGAUAUUCAGCUUUUUUAAAACAUGUCUGAAAUCCUGAAAGAGUAUUUUCCUGAAUAAAGUAAGGACCAAUAAAAAACUGAUUAAAGAGGUAUACCAUGAUUCCUCUAGUAUCAGAAUAUCUAACAGAUAAAAUCUUCUAGUCUCCAAGAUACAGAGUCACAACUAUGAGGCAAGCAUAACUCUUUGAAGAAAUUUGGAAAAGGACAACAUCCAAAUCAAAUCAGCUAUAAAAACAAUCUACUAUAUUUAUGGUAUGUGAAUAUUCCAAUUAAAAUAGCAAGUCAAGGGCAGCCCGGGUGACUCAGCGGUUUAGCACCGCCUUCAGCCCAAGGCCUGAUCAAGAGACCUGGGAUUGUGCAUGGAGCCUGCUUCUCCCUCUGCCUAUGUCUCUGCCCCCCUCUCUCUCUCUGUGUGACUAUCAUAAAUUAAAAAAAAAAAGAGAGACCUGGAAUUGAGUCCCACGUCGGGCUUCCUGCAUGGAGCCUGCUUCUCCCUCUGCCUGUGUCUGUGCCUCUCUCUCUCUGUGUCUCUCAUGAAUAAAUAAAUAAAAUCUUUAAAAAAAUAAAAAUAAAAAAUAAAAUAGCAAGUCAAAUUUAGCAGCCUAUUGGAGGAGAUGGAGGGGGGGGCAGUUUAGUCCAGAAAAAAAUAGUUCACUACCUUUCCCAAUUGUUUUGUAACGUAACAUAUAAAGGUAGUGUUUACACAUUGAAAACUAGAACCUAAAAUAACUAUUUCCCACGGAAAGCAAUAAAUGAGAAACUAUUAUAGCAUGUAUGUUCAACUGCUAUGAAGUCACUGCAGUUAUCCACUUAAUCCUACCUCCUGGGUUACCCACACAUUGGAAUAAUCACCAUCCAGUGGAUUCCACUUUAGCCUCACACUUUAGGAAAUAAUACAUACUUCAGAUAAGUUUAAUAUAAACCUGAGUAAAUUAAAUCAAUCGUGGAUAAUGUCAGCCUAUUGUGGGACAAUUUAUAAUAAAAAUUCAAGCAUUUAAUUUUUUUUUUAAGUAAGCUUAGGGGCAACCCGGGUGGCUCAGCGGUUUAGUGCCACCUUCAGUCCAGGGCGUGAACCUGGAGUCCCGGGAUCGGGUCCCACAAGGGGCUCCCUGCAUGGAGCCUGCUUCUCCCUCUGCCUGUGUCUCUGCCUCUCUCUCUCCCUCUGUGUCUCUCGUGAAUAAAUAAAUAAAAUCUCUUUAAAAAUACUCUUUAAAAAAAAAAGUAAGCUUAAAAACGUAGGACUUGAACUCAAGACCACGAGAUCAAGAGUUGCAUGCUCUACUGACUGAGCCAGGCAGGCACCCCUACCUAAGCAUUUGUUAAAGGAGGGAAAUCAUUGCUAAAUUUUAUCUGCACUGGCAUAAUUAUUUCAUAAGUCUGUUCUUGAAAGUUAUACAUACUGUUUUAAGAGGACAAGUUAUGGGCAGCCCAGGUGGCUCAGUGAUUUGGCACCUCUUUCAGCCCAGAGCCUGAUCCCCGAGACCCGGGAUCGAAUCCCCCGUCAGGCUCCCUGCGUGGAGCCUGCUUCUCCCUCUGCCUGUGUCUCUGCCUCUCCCUCUCUAUCUCUGUGUCUCUAUUGAAUAAACAAAAUUAAAAAAAAAAAAAAGGACAAGUUCUGCCCUGAGAAGAAAUUGAAGAAUUAAUAAAGGUAGGCAAAACUAGGCAUGACAUGAUGCUGGUUUCAUUAUAAUUCCUAACAUUUUUUCAGUUAUAAAAAAUGUUAAGAGAUGAUUCUCUUUUAGUUUUUGCCUAUGUAUACACAUUUCUCUUGUCAAGGCUUCAAAGUUGUAUUCUAAUUUUCUAUAACGUAUAAAAAACAGGUAUAUCAUAAAGAUUUUUUAAAAAUCUAUCAGGGUGCUGGACUGACUCAGUCUGAAGGGCAUGCAACUCUUUUUUAAGCGGAGGGACACCUGGGUGGCUCAGUGGUUGAGCAUCUACCUUUGGUUCAGGUCGUGAUCCCGGGGUCCCGGGAUCAAGUCCCACAUCCAUCUCCCCACAGGGAGCCAGCUUCUCCCUCUGCCUAUGUCUCUGCCUUUCUCUGUGUAUUCAUGAAUAAAUAAAAUCUUUUUUUAAAAUUCUUUUGAGAAAGUGAGUGACAGCAUGAGCAGCAGGGAGAGUCAGAGGAAGAGGGAGAAACAGACUCCCUGCUGAGCAGUGUGCACAACUCGGGGCUUAAUCCCAGGGCCCCAGGAUCAUGACCUGAACCAAAGGUAGAUGCUCAACCACUGAGCCACCCAGGAUGCUUAAUCACCUGAGCCCCUCAGUCACCCCAAAAGGCAUGUAACUCUUAAUCUUGUGGUCAUGAAUUAAAGCCCUAUGAUGGAUGGAGAGAUUAUAAGUAAGUGAAAUUUAAAAAAAAAAAAAAAAAAACCUAUGCUUACUCUCUGAAUUGCCAAUACCAACAGCCUCCCACGCUUUUUGCCAUACUCAAGAAGCACGGCCAUAUCUAGAAAGUUUGUUUUGGUGGUGUAGUCUGUGUGUAUAGCAUAGCUGGAACAGAAUUGUGCUUAUGUAUUGAAGUGCUAUCUUCUUUUCUCACUUGGUAGCAGACCAUGACUGGACUUCCUUCCAGUCAGAACCUGCAGGUAUAGCUUUUUAGCUUUAGACUCAUUCAUGAUAAAGACAUAAUAUAUGCAGCCCAGUCUUCCACUAGUGAAAGUUCAGAUUUGUUAUUUUACAAAUAAUUGGAAAACAGUUUUACUACACACGUAUUGUUUCAUGUUGGUGUUUAUAUUUCUGCUGAGUGGAUAGAUUCCCACCAGUUGGAUCCCUUGCCUUACAGCAUGGUUUAUUUUAAAUGCAAUAGUUAAUACCUCAUUAUUUUCUGAAAUUUGACAUUGAUGUAGGAAUGUAUGUCCAUUCCCAACAACUUCAACAAGGACUGAAUCUUGUUAAAUUGAGUGAAGAAAAAAGUGCCUUUAAUUUGCAUUUUCUUAACUGCCAAUGAGGUUGAAUAUAUAUGAUGCCUAAGAGUUAUUUGAAUUUUGUUUUUGUGAAUUGCUUGUUUUUAUGUAUUCUCUUUUUUAAAUUGAAGUAGUUUUUGAAGCAGUUUGUAGAAACUUUGUUUUGUCAUAUACUUUGCAGUUGUUUUUCUUAGUCUGGCAUGUAUUUUUUUUGCCUUUUUUAAUGGCAAAAGAAAUCAACAGACGUUUUCUGUGAAAGACCAGAUAGUAAAUAUUUUAGCCUUUGUGGCCAUAAAGUCUCCUCUGCCUUUGUAGUGUGAAAACAUACAUAAAUCAAUGAUUCUCAACCAGGGGUAAUUUUGCCUUUCCUACUCCUAACUCAUUGGGCACUGUCCAGAAACAUUUUUGGUGGUCACUUUGAGGGGGACGGCUGCUGACAUCUGUAGGCAAAGGCCAGGGAUGCUUUGAACACCUUACAAUGCAUAGUACAGUGCUCACAACACAUCUAUCUGUCCAAAAUGUCAUGAGUGCCAAAGCUGAGAAAUUCUGAAUUUACACAAUCAACAGGCCACAUUUGGCCUGCAGGCUGUAGUUUGCUCACCCCUGUUUUAAAUAAUUCUUUUUUGCUGUAUGAGAUCUACUUUUUUGGUUUUGUGCCUGAAUUGUCUCUUUCUCCUAACUUUUCCAAAUUUUCUUGUUUUAUGCUUUAAAAUUUU